ACUUAUGCUUGACCCGGUGUGGGAUGUGGAGUGUCGCCGGGGAGUGAGUGAGUGUCGUGUGCUGGGAGGCAGUCGGCAAGAACAAUCGAGUGUGCGGUGUGUGAGCACAUGACAGACUCCUAGUGAGGCGGCGAAUUUGAACCGGGAAGCAUUUUAGUACUCAGGACAUAACGAUUCUCAGUCACAGGACAUCCCGCCGACACCACUCACUUCAAAGGACUUUACACGGACUUAAGCCGGGAAGGAUCGUUUACUUACGUGCGUGUGUGUGUGUAUGUGUGCAUUGGGUCAACUUCACGUUUUAACUCACCUGCACCGAAACGCUACGUCACGCUCCACCUCAGGGACAGCACAACAGCACACAGUACAGCCUUGGCCUUGCCUCGCACACCUCGCCUUGCCCUGCAGUGCGCCUCAUCCCCGCUGACACCCACACGGACCACGCAGCAAAACGCCAACCUAGCAAGAGACGGUGCUUCAGUGUGAGGCUGUUUUGGUGGAGGUCACCGGACACCCACGCGACACCCGACCCCUUAGUACCUGCUAGGGCACGCGACACUCCCCAGGGACGCCAGCACGCCACACACCAGGCCGCAGUGCCGCGAGGAGCCGCGUAACCAAGGACAUUGUCCAGGACUAACAUGGAAAUGGACACCCUCGUCAGCACCAAGAAUGUCGCUAGCGUGAACGCCGCGAGUCUUGUGUCAUGCGUAUUUCUGCUGUGACUUACCACUGACUCCACCCCGGCGUGCUGCUGACUGUCACCUGUGCUGCGUCAGGCUCGAGCGACGACACACGCACACUUGGAGGCCCACCGGCGUGCUGUGCUGAAGGGGGCGUGAAAAGCGAUCACCCUCAUUAGCGCGGUGUUGUGUUCAAACAUUUGUGUGCGAAACAGGAGACCAACAAGAACAGACGGGAACUUUAACAAGAAGAACGCACGCACAUGCACAUACCCUCAGGAAACAACACACACACACACACACACACACACACACACACACACACACACACAUACACGUUCUGAGAGGUGAGCAAGAAGUGUCACCGCGACUCAACGUUCAGGAAUGGAGCAUGCGUAUGAGCUGAGACAGUUCUGUGGGCGGGGAGCUGAGGCCCCUCGACCGAUACUACCAGACCCACGAGAGGGACUGGGACGGCGGCAUCGACAAUGAUGGGCUGGACAUCAGUCAGCUGGAAAGUUACAUCAAUGACGACAACAAUGAUACGAUGUACUUCGGGGACCUGCAGGGCGGCGGCGUGGGUGGUGACGUCAAGCCUCUGGGGGGCGGCACUCCCCGAGACUCCCCCUCCCGUCACCACCACCACCACCACCAUCACCUCCACCACCACCACACCCACUCCCAGCACGCCGCCCUGAUCCACCACCCUGACCUGGUCCACGCUGGGUCGUAUGGCGCUGGUGACGGAGGCGGCGGCGGCGGCGGCGGCGGCAAUGAGCGUGGUCCUCUGUCCAGCCAUGAGGACGUGAGGAGCAGGCACGCAGGGGUCGGGUGCUCCCUUCCUAUAGGCUGCCACAACCCCUACCACAGCUAUGACUCCUACACGGGGUAUCGGCACCACCUGCCGGACAGUCCGCCAGACUCAGGCUCCGAGCCUCCGUACUCCCCUUCCGAUCACCCGAACCUCUCCCCGCAGCAAAAGGUGGUUGGAGACAUCUACUCGCGGCCUCCCGGCGGCGGCAGCAGUGGUGGCGUAGUGACCUUCCCCUACCAAGUGAUGGCAGGCCACCCGCCUUUGCCGCAACAGGCCAGUCCGGUGCAUGGCGCCCUACAACCCGUAGCGCCACUUGGCUACCAAGCCCAAACCCAGCAGCCGCAGCAGCACAGUGUUAUGAUGGGUGGAGGCUCGCCCCUGGGAGGAUCCUCGGUGGGUGCACCAGGCAGCCUUGGGGGCACACCUGUGUAUGGGUCUCAAGGUAUGCUGGGGCAGGGGGCGUCCCUUGGGGAGGGUCCUGUCACCCUUGGUGCCGCUAAGAAGAGGAAGCUGACGGAUGGUGGCGGUGGCAUGGUGGACAUCAAGCAGGAGCCUGACCAGGGUUCGCAGCUAGGCGUCAGUGCCCUGAAGCCGUGCCCUGAGGAAGACGAGUACACCAUGGACUCAACAGGGGGCGGCGGACCUUUCCUGGACGGUGCUUACCAGUGCAUCAGAUUCCAGAACUUCCAGCAGCACACGUGGUGCAGCCUGUGUGACGCCAGCCUGAAGGAACUGCCGCCGCCCACCUUCCGCGUGGACGCUGACAAGGGCUUCAACUUCUCCAAUCCUGACGAGGCCUUUGUGUGCCAGAAAAAGAAUCACUUCCAGGUCACAGUUCACGUGCAGGCCAGCGGAGAUCCCACCUUCGUCAGAAGCCCUGAUGGCCUGAAGAAGGUAGACCGCUUCCUGGUUCACUUCUUCGGCGUGAAAACUGAAUCCCCAUCACAGAUCAUCCGAGUGGAGCAGAGCCAAAGUGACCGCAGCAAGAAAGCCUUCCACCCUGUACAAGUUGACCUAAAGAGUGAGCAGACCAACAAAAUCACAGUAGGACGCCUUCACUUCUCUGAAACCACCAGCAACAACAUGAGAAAGAAGGGGAAGCCCAACCCAGACCAGCGCUACUUCUACCUGGUGGUGGCCCUCAAGGCGCACUGCGGGGACCAGACGUACACCAUCGCGGCCCACGCCUCAGAGAAGAUCAUCGUCAGGGCCUCCAACCCCGGUCAGUUUGAGAGUGACGUGGAGUACACAUUUCAACGAGGUAGCUAUCCUGAGUCCAUCUACCACAUGGGGCGGGUGGGCAUCAACACUGACCGGCCAGAUGAGGCACUGGUCAUCCAUGGCAACUUGAAGGUCACCGGCCAGGUCAUGCAGCCCUCAGACCGGCGGGCCAAGAAGGACAUUGCUGAGGUAGAUACAAAAGAACAGUUAAAGAAUGUCCAGAAUCUGAGGGUGGUGAAAUACGCCUACAGGGAAGAGUUUGCUGAACAUGCUGGCAUGAGGGCAGAGGAAGUCUAUGAUACAGGAGUCAUUGCCCAGGAGGUGAAGGAGGUGAUUCCAGAUGCUGUCAAGUCAACAGGAGAUGUGACCUUAUACAAUGGGGAGAAGAUUGAAAACUUUCUCCUUGUCAACAAGGAACGAAUAUUCAUGGAAAAUGUUGGUGCUGUGAAGGAAUUGUGUAAAGUUACUGGCAACUUGGAAAACCGGAUUGGAGAAUUAGAGAUUAUGAACAAAAAAAUUUCACAACUUAGAAGAUUUGAAUCCUUCAAAUCAACAUCAUCAUCAGUUUCUACACGGACAUCAGCUACUUCCCGUGUGUCAUCUGUGUGCCACAGAAGCCGCAGCUGCUCCAAGCGUCACAAACACAUGAACAGCAACCAUGAUGAUGGGAUCUGUAGCAAUAAAACACUGCAGGUCACCACCAUUGCCCUAGUCUGCAUCAUGGCAUUCUGUUUGAUGGCAAUGGCAACCAUCUACAUCCUUGAUUACCAAGACAGACGAAGCGAAAACACAUCAAGUUCAACAGUUACCACACCUACCCCCAUUACCUUGUCCUCAUCAAUGUCCACCUCAACCUUGCAACCACCAACCACCAGAGAAACCCUCACCUCAUUCACCUUCACCACCACCACCAAGCGUUUCACCACCACCACUGCUGCCUCAUUCCCUCCCAGACCUCCAGUGCUUGGUAAACCAGAGAAUUGUCUCGAGCCAAGCCCCAGUGAAGACCCUAUCUGUGAUGUUUACUGCUGCCGCCCUAGCAUUUGGACAGGAGUGGUGAGCCAGGUUCAUCCAAGCCCCAACAAUGCAGCCACUACCAUCACCAUUUCACGCCGCAUAGUUCCCUAUGUGUCCACAACAGUGCCACCAACAGUGUCACAGUAUGGUGAAGUCAUCAACAACAAACUCUCCACUAGUGACCCCAAUACUGUCAAUGACUCCACCACCCCUGCUGCCAUCCGCUUCAAGGCCAUUCCCAUCAAGAAAUCAAGCUCUUUGGACCACAUGGCAUUCCUGGAACGCCAGAGAGCUCGUAUGCACAGACCUUCAGACUCCCGCAGCUUCAAGCGGACUCUCAGCAAAAGAUCCAUCCCCACCAAACGCUCCACACACUCUCAGUUACGCCAGAGGUCUACAUCAGAGCAAAGAAUCACAGUCCCAAUGAUAGAAAUAGUCGAGUUUAACACAACCAUCAACCACAUGUACUGCCUCAAUUCUAUGGACCCUUCAGAAGGAUGCCUUGGACCUGAUGCUAUGAACUACACUUAUGGCCUCCCCAUAUCAAGGUUUAUGCCCCACACCAACCUCACUCUUCAUUUUAGCUUCAUAGUCCAGCAACCAACAUUCUGUGCUAUCAAUAGCACUGGGCCCAGCUUGCAGCCUGUGCGGUGCUCAUCCAGCCUAGAUAUUCCCUUACCAGAGGUGAUUCAGUCACCAGGACCCACUCCUCAAGACCACUAUGUAGUACUUACAAAUGUUGGCCUGUGGUGGCAAGUGGCUUACAAGUUCAGGAUAUCAUUAGUUGAGGGAGAUGUGGAUCCAUGCAACUAUGAACGUGCUGAAGUUGGUGUGAAGUUCUAUGAAAUCAACUUAAUAUUUCAGAGAAACUGUAAUGAAUAAGUUUUUGCUGACCAAUGUGAUAUAGUGUUUCUAAAAAAAUUUCAUAAAAAUUUUCAUAUUUAUUCACAUACCACAUUUUCACAUCCAUGACAUACAUUACUUGCUGUAUUUAGUUCUGAUGGGAGGCUCAUGUAAAGUGCAUUUUUCCUUUCUCAUCAUUAUAUUUUUUUGAAAUAUUUGUUUACCACUUAUUUAAGAUCAGAGUUUGAGAUUGAAUAGAGUUUUUAGUGGGCAAUUAUUGGUAGUGUGAUUGGUUGAGAAGCUUUGAAGCCUUGAAGGAUCUGAUUAAUAGUAAUGUUGCUACAUAUGUAUAUAUUUUUGUAAAUAAUGUGAUUUUAAUAUAAUGCUUAA